AUGGGAAAGCUACGUCUACCAUGCAUUAUUGGAGUGGCGGGUGGGCCUGCUUCAGGAAAGGACUACUUGGACCUAUAUUUAUUUCAGUCGUUGGUCACGGAGAAGAUUAUGGAGCGACUCGAAUCGUUGAACCAGGGCAAAAAUAAACAGGUUAUCACUAUUCCAAUGGAGUCAUUUUAUAAGGAGCUGGAUGAAGAGGAGCGGUUAAAAGCUGAACUUGGGGAGUACGACUUUGAUCAUCCAUCUGCAUUCGAUUUCGACAAACUGACGGAUACGAUAUCUCAGCUGGAGCAAGGAAAAGCCGUGACAAUACCGAAAUACGACUUCUUAACAAGUACAAGGAAAGGAACACUUCACAUAGAACCAGCAGAUGUCAUUAUUGUGGAGGGCAUUCUCAUUUUCUAUGAUGCACGUCUUCGAAAUAAGUUCGCUAUGAAGCUGUUUGUUGACGCUGAUGCCGAUAUUCGCUUAGCACGUCGUGUUCGUCGUGAUACAGUGGAACGCAAGCGACCACUUUCAAUCGUCCUCAACCAGUAUACGAAAAAAGUCAGCUUGUUUCAUUUUUAUCAUAAUUUCUUGAAUAAUGUGAAGCCUGCUUUUGAAGAAUUCUGUCUUCCUUCGAAGAAAUGGGCGGAUGUUAUAAUUCCAAGAGGUGGUGAAAACGAUGUGGCGAUCGAUCUAUUGGAUUUGCUAAGAACGCCACGCGGAAGUCCGGAACGCACGAAAACAUUUGACGAAAUUGGCGAUGCCAAGUUCAAAAUAUAUGGACUCCAUUAA